AAAAAAACAUUAAAUUACUUCCUCACUCAAAACUCAACCCCUCUCCUCAUUCCCUCCCUCAAAUUUGACAAUUUCUAUGUGCUCCACCCUUCUUCAGUAAUCUUUCUUCACCACGCCAUUUCCAUUUUCUCUCUCCUCCAAAUCCAUGGGAACUCUCAAUCCACAACCACAAACCUCACCUUCACAAUUCAAGCUCGUUGGCUACUCCAACUUCAUCCGCGUCAACCCACUCUCCGACCUUUUCCCCGUCAAACGCUUCCACCACGUCGAGUUCUGGUGCGGCGACGCCACCAACAUCUCUCGUCGUUUCUCAUGGGGUCUCGGCAUGCCCAUCGUCGCAAAAUCCGAUCUCUCCACUGGUAACUCCGUCCAUGCUUCUUAUCUCCUUCGUUCAGGCGAACUUCGUUUCCUCUUCACUUCCCCUUACUCUCCUUCUCUCUCCACCCCUUCUUCCGCCACCAUCCCCACCUUCUCUUUCUCUCUCUUCACCUCCUUCCUCACCUCCCAUGGCCUCGCUGUCCGCGCCGUCGCUGUUGAAGUCCAAGACGCUGAAGCCGCCUUUCAUAUUAGUGUCUCCAAUGGAGCUUCCCCAGUUUCUCCACCAAUACGCCUUGAUGAUGGGGUUGUUUUAUCAGAGGUUCACUUAUAUGGCGACGUUGUUCUACGCUAUGUUAGUACUGGUUCUGUUGUUGAUGGAAAUUUUCUACCUGGGUUUGAGGAAAUGUUAGGGGAAUCAUCGUUUCAAGAGCUUGAUUUCGGGUUAAGGAGAUUAGACCAUGCUGUAGGGAAUGUACCUGAGCUUGCUCCUGCGAUUGAGUAUGUUAAGAAGUUUACUGGGUUUCAUGAGUUUGCUGAGUUUACUACUGAGGAUGUUGGGACGAGUGAGAGUGGGUUGAAUUCAGCUGUUGUGGCGAAUAAUGAUGAAACUGUUUUGUUUCCUAUGAAUGAGCCAGUAUAUGGGACGAAGAGGAAGAGUCAGAUACAAACUUAUUUGGAGCAUAAUGAGGGUGCUGGGGUUCAGCAUUUGGCAUUGAUGAGUGAAGAUAUAUUUUGGACUCUAAGGGAGAUGAGGAAGAGAAGUGGACUUGGUGGGUUUGAGUUUAUGCCGUCGCCGCCUCCGACGUAUUACCGGAACCUUAGGAAUCGAGCUGCUGAUGUUUUGAGUGAGGAGCAGAUGAAAGAAUGUGAGGAAUUGGGGAUUUUGGUGGAUAAGGAUGAUCAGGGUACUUUGCUUCAGAUCUUCACUAAGCCUAUUGGAGACAGGCCAACUAUGUUCAUUGAGAUUAUCCAAAGAAUCGGAUGCAUGAUGAAAGAUGAAGAAGGCAAGGUGUACCAAAAGGGCGGUUGCGGAGGAUUUGGAAAGGGAAACUUUUCAGAGCUCUUUAAAUCGAUCGAGGAGUAUGAGAAGACACUCGAACGCAAACCCAUUGCAGAUACAAAUGCUACAUGAUGAGUUACAAUUUCGAUCGACCAAGUACAUACAUAAUACAUUACAAAAUGUAUCAAGUGUAAUGAUCUUUGUUUAUCAACUAUACAGAAUGUGUCACAUAUAUUGAUCAUUAUCAUGUAUGUGAAUGAAAAAAUUGACAGUUAUGAAAAGCCAAUGAUACAACCACAAGUGAAAAGUAGCUAGCCAGGUGAAGAAGAAACGAAAAAGUGCUAGGAAAUAUAUGUACUAUAUAUAUACUUAUAAAGAGCAUCUAAAUUGUGCUGCAAGUAUAUGAAGUACAUUUUCUCUAA